UGUUCUUUGUGGACUUGUACAGCUUUUUCCAUAGGGAAACAGUGUAUCCGGUACGUUGCAUCAAAUCAUUCUUUGACAAAAAAGAUAUGCAAAAAAAUGUUCGAAUAAAACAUUCUGUCGUCGAAUUUCAAGCGAACGAUAACGAUAACAGCAGUGCUUUAGUACACCCACGCUUCUGUUUCAUUCUCCGGCAGUAAUGGGCGCAGUUCUCCAGGGACGGCCCGUCUGAAGACGCGAAGCUGUCGUCCCGAUCUAGUUUGUCCCCAACCAGCACCCAUACUGUGGCUAUCGCGGAGCAAUUCGGGGAUCUAAGCGCCGUGCUCGCUACUGUUCGGCACAAGCGGCCUAUAGAUUACUCAUUUGUAAAACCAUGGGUAUAUUUAAAUGCUUACAUGCCACUGGGGGGGUUCACGUUUUUUGGAAGCAUCGGUCAAAUUAGGUGAUUUUUAAAAAAUAGUACAUGAGACGUUCGCUUCGGCAGGUCUUCUCCCCUUCCGCUGCGCAUCACUUUGUUUUGGAUUUACAUGGGAACUCACAGUCGGACGCUUUCCUGCGGCUAGCAGCCCGGAUCGAGCGAUGCUCCGCAAGCUUUGCCCGCCGUGCACUGCACGAUAAAGAGCCGCGUUGACCCUCAGGUGAAAUCGCAGCAGUGGCCAAACCCGGAGCGGCACCGACUGAAAGGGAGGCGGGUAAUUCGGAGUCACUUUGAAUUUUUGAUACAGGUUUUUGCCGUAGAUAGACGUCACGAUCUGGCAGCGCGGCACCCGUGACAUUUGGUUUAUUCACGCCUAUAGUAAAAAAAAAAAGAUGGACGAAAGUGCAGAAAAAGCGGAAUCGGAAGACGCCGUGAUCAUCGUGGAGAACGAAGCGGAGAGCAUUCCGGUGCUGGAGGAGAGCGCAAAGCAGCAGAACCAUGUGAACUUGCUGGAGACCUGCGCCGUGUGCUCGCUCAGUUUCCACAGCCGGGAGCCCAAGCUGCUCCCCUGCCUCCACUCUUUCUGCAAGAAGUGUCUGCCGUCGCCCUCCAGGAGUCUGGUCAUGCCGGAUCAAAGUACGAGCGGUCCGAUACAAGCCGACAACGCGGCGAAUCCGCUCAACGUGAUUCGUUGCCCAGUGUGCCGGCAGGAAUGCAUGGAGGUGGACGUCAUGGAGAACUUCUUCGUGAAGGACUCGAUGGAGGUUCCCAGCAGUACAGUGGAGAGGACCAGUCAGUUGUGCAUGAGCUGCACUGACAAUGCCGAGGCCACGGGCUUCUGCGUGGAGUGCGUGGAGUUCCUCUGCAUCACCUGCAUCGGCGCACACCAAAGGGUGAAGUUCACCAAAGACCACACCAUCCGACAGAAGGAGGAGGUGUCUCCAGAGGCCGUGUGCGUGUCCUCCCAGAAGCCGGUCUUCUGCGACGUGCACAAGCAGGAGCCUCUGAAGCUCUUCUGUGAGACCUGCGAUCGCCUGACCUGUCGCGACUGCCAGCUGCUGAAGCACAAGGAUCACAAUUACCAAUUCCUCGAGGAUGCUUAUAGGAACCACAGGGACUACAUGGAGAAUAUGACUCUUCAGUUGCAGGAGAAGAAGAAGGCCAUCGAGGAGGUCUCCAAUUCCAUUAACAAUGGACUCUUGAAGGUCGAUGAAAACCGAAAGUCUGUUCACAAUGAAAUCAAGAAAUCCAUAUGUACCUUAAUUAUAGAGAUUAAUAGAAAGGGGAAGAUCUUGGUUAAUCAGCUGGAGGCACUGAUGAAGGACCACGAGAGUGGCCUCAGGAAGCAGCAGGAAGAUAUUGGCUUCCUGUCCCGGCACCUCGAUCAUGUGAUCAACUUCACCAAGUGGGCAACCACCAGCCACAGUGGAACAGCCCUUCUGUACUGCAAGCGGCUGAUCCUGUUUCAAAUCCAAAAUCUCCUGCGGGCCAAAUGCAAUACUUCCUUCGUACCUCAAAGCACCGUGCGCUUCCAGUGUCGCUCUGGAUUCUGGGCCUCCAACGUGGAUCUGGGCUCCCUGGUGGUGGAAAGUGCCCCAGGCCGCCAGCAGUCCGGGAUCCAGGGCCUUCCCUACCAGCUGGGCCAACCGGGCCAUAGGCCCGACGGAUCCCCCAACGGCUUCCCCGUGGGGCCCUCGCAGCAAACCCAGCAGCAGCUGGCCACCCACAGCACGCUGGCUCAGCUCCAGAUGCAGGUGGAGAAGCUGGUCCAGCAGCCCAACCGCCAGCCACCGCCGCCCUCUCACUGGACCUGGUACCAGAACAUGCGUCUGCAGCGGCCCCCCCACCGCCGCCACCCCCCUCCCCGGCCCCUGCAGGGCGGCUCCCCGUCCCAAGGCCUGUCCUCCAUGUCUCAGCCGGGCCGUCGUUUCGCCAUCCCUCAUCCGAACCCUCAGAGCCCCACCGCCUCCCUGCAGAACCCAGGCUUCGGCCCUCAGACCCUGCGAGGUCUGGUGAGCAGCUCCAAGCCGAUGGACAUCUUUCCCAGUGUGCCCCGGUACUCCCAGAAUGCACCGCUGUCCAGCGGCAUCCCCCACACUGCCCAGCAUUCCCUGCAGCAGCUGAACAUGAUGGAGUCGGCGUACCUGGCCAAGAAGAACGACGAAAGCGGCUCCUACCCAGUGAUGAGGCCCAACUUCUCGCAAACUUUGCCCGCCUCUCCGCCAUACAGGAAUGCUCAAGGUCGACACAUCUCCCCUCUGCCCACCAACAGCCCCAUGGAGCCGAAGCCGAGCUCUUCGGUUUGGAAGCCACCGGAAGCCCAGGCCAGCGCGUCCCAGAGCUCAGCGCCGAAACGAAGACGCCGCUCGUCCCCCGGCCCCAUUAUCGUGAUCAAGGAUGAGCCCGAGGAUGACGACGAUGUCCAUUUUGUCCAGUCCAGCGUGAGGGCCAGUCUCCCUGACAGCACAGAGGACCGGACCCCAGCACCCACACAGGACCCCCCCGCAGCGGCCGACCCACCUGCCAGGGAGGCCCCAGGGCCUGAGGAGGACCCCAACGAGGACUGGUGUGCCGUGUGCCAGAACGGGGGCGAGUUGCUCUGCUGUGACAAGUGCCCCAAGGUCUUCCACCUCACCUGCCACAUUCCCAAGCUGCUGGGCUCUCCCAGUGGCGAAUGGUUCUGUUCAUUUUGCCGCGACCUGAACUCGCCUGAAAUGGAAUAUGACUGCGACAAAACCGAAGGACCCAAAGCCGUGAAGGAGGAUCCCGAUUCCAAAGAGUUUUCACUCGUGGACAAGCGGAAAUGCGAGCGGCUCUUGCUGCGCCUUUACUGCAACGAGCUGAGCGCCGACUUCCAGGAACCUGUCUCUCCAUCAAUGGUUCCGGAGUAUUAUGAAGUUAUUAAGACUCCCAUGGACCUGUCCAUUGUGAAAAGAAAACUUGAAUCCAAGGAAAAUGAGCAGUAUCAGAGACCGGAUGAGUUUGUGGCGGAUGUGCGGCUUAUCUUCCGGAACUGCGCCCGGUUCAAUGAGGCAGACACAGAAGUGGCCGCCGCUGGCGUGAACCUGGAGAAGUUCUUUGAGGAGCAGCUGAAGGUCCUCUAUCCAGACCAUGCUUUCCCCGAGGUGAAGGCGGAAGAGACCAGGGCGCCGUCUCCGGCUGAGCUCGCGGAAGAGGCCUCCCCGCCCGCCAAGAAGCUGCGACCGGCUUCAGAGUCGCAGGAAAGCUGCAGCCCGGCGGAGACCCCCAAAGGCGAAUGCGAAGACGCGGAGAAAUGAGAACGGGCCCCCCCAUCAAAGCGAGCCAACAACCCCCCACGUGUGUGUGAAAUUUUUUUAUUUCUAUAUUUUUUCAAUCUUGUAAAAAAAAAAAAACAAACCCAGACUCUCCCAGCUAUGGAAAGUGGGGUUUGGUCUCUUAGGGGGGUGAUUUGCACACGCAGCAGAAGCAGGUAAAGAGACAAUGCAGCUUUUUUUUCCUAGAAUCCAGAGUCCAUCCAGAGUUCGGAAGCGGAAGAAUGACGUCGUCAUCAGUGGGCAACUUUGGGGGGGGGGGGGGGGAUGCUCACCCUGCGAUCAGACCGGUCAUGGGGGAGGAGAAGCAACCAGAUCUUGUGAAAAUGGUCAGACCAAGCGAUGAGGGGUCUGAUGUGUUUUCACAGACGCCUCACACAGUCAUUCCCGUCUCCCUGGGGUCUCUGCCCAUUUUGUGUUUAGUCUUUUUUUUCCUUAAUAGAGUGGAUUAUUUUAUAUGGGUAAUUUAUUUGUGCAGAUGUACCACUUGUCGUGUCUGUUCACUGAAGACUUGUUGAAAUGUUCUAUAAUGCUUUGUGUACCGGCUGCGUUUGUUUCCUCCCCCGUUUAGACCCAGAAAAUUACUGGAGAUAAAAGCAUUAAUCCAUUAGCCAAAUUUUCCAGUUCCCCAAAAAUUAACUUGUAAGUUUUUUUUUUAGUACUUUGAGCCUUAACUGCCCUUUGAAGUGUUAAGACAUCUUGUGUAUUUUAAAACGUGUAGUUGCAUGCAAGUUAACUUGCAGCUGUUCACAGGGUAAAAAGAAAAUAAACUCCUGACUCAGAUCUUCAUAAUUAACAGGA